AUGACAUCUGGACUUGGCUUGGCUGCUGUGCUCUUGGCUCACAGGAGCCCCUUCUCAUUCAAGAAGAUGCCCAAGGGCAAAGACCGUCAGCUUUCCACAUCAGAGACCACAACCGCACCAAUGAGCAGGAACGUGACUGAGGAUGGCUCGCCGCAAAUCAUGGAGGAGUUCGAUGAUCUGACUGAGGACAACAUGACACCAACCCUGAGCGAGGUGCUGGAUCUGAGCAGGACUCCCCACGAGGAUGCCAUGGCAACCUUGCCGCCCUGGGAUUCCUCGAGGUACCAAAUGCUUCACAUUCUGCGAGCGGCUUCACGGAAUUGGCUGAGUCAAAUCGAGAUCCACUACGACAGCCGCGACAAAAGGGCCGUCCCAGUGAAGCGCUUCACUCCGCAGUGGUUCCAAGCGCAGUCACAGGCGGUUUCAGCGCUGAAGGACAUCCUUAUGCUUGAGCGCUCGGGCGGAGUUGCACCUCCGUUCCCAGCUGAAAGCUGGUGCUCAGGUGCAUACAAGGACUCUGCCAGCGGUGCAGUUCUGCUUGUCUGCGAGCAGGAGCUCGGCGACAGUCUCUUUGACUUCUGCACGACGCUGCCCAAUGCUGGGGGCGAACGUGAGGCGGAGGCGCUGGCAAUCCUGAGGUCUCUUAUCCAAGCCACAAUGGACUUGGACUCCCUGGGUUUGGCGCAUGGCCGCAUUCGGGCUGAAAACACUUGGCUCCAGCAGCUGCCGAAUGGGGAUUGCAAGGUUUUGCUGUCCGAUUUUGGAGAGUCGCGUGGCCUGGGGGACAAAGGCAGUGAUGCCAUGUUCUUGGCACCUGAACUGGUUGAGGGCUCCCCGCAGCCCACUCAUGCAGGGGACCUCUUCUCAUGUGGCGUUCUGGGAUAUGCUCUGGCCAUGGGGCGGUAUCCAUGGUUCAGCACACGGCCCGGAAAGUGCAAGACCUUCUCCUUUGCCAAAAGCCAUGGUGUGCAAAGUCUCCUCGGCGACCGCCGAUGCCCAGCCUCCAAGGAAGGGCGAAUGUCAUCAGAGUACAAGGAAAUCCUGGGCUGCCUCCUGGACGUGGAUCCAGGCAUCAGGCAGCAGAAGGCAAUGUCCAUGCGGGUGACCUUACCGCACCCCGUGCAUCCGCCGCAUCCAGAGCCCUAG